AUGCCGCGAAAUACGGUGCAGCCCAACGCCUGGGUGGCAUUAAAACUUCCUAAUGGAAACGCCAGAAUUUUACAAAUAACACCCAGCACAACCGUGAGCUUGGGUAAAUACGGUUCCUUCCCCAGCAAUCUGCUUAUCGAACGCCCGUAUCACCUCACAUACGAAAUCCAGGACAAGCGCGAUGACGAGAACUUUUCGCGGCUGCGCGUGGUCCCCGGCACGGAGCUCAAUGCGGACGCCCUGGUCGACACAACGGCCGAAGACGAAACGACGACCGCGACCCCCGAGACGGAACCCGCAAACCAGGACAACAGCGGCAGCGGCAAUGGCGAAGUAGUAGAUAGUGAGGCCAUGAUUGCGGCGGCCGUGGGUGAGGAGCUCGCGCUCGCCGACGAGGACGCCGCCGCCGUCGCCACCACCGCCGAGGGCAGCAACGGCAACGGCGCCGUCGCCGUCAUCACGCGCAAGACGUUUGACGAGCAGGCGCGGCAGACGCUAACAACGGAAGAGAUCGAGGAGUUGAAGCGCAAGGGUGCCGGCGCCGGUCGCGAGAUCGUCGCCAAGUUGCUGCUGCGCCACACCGCCAUCGACCAGAAGACGGCAUACUCGCUGGCCAAGUACAAGCUGCUUAAGGAAAAAAAGUACGUGCGCCGCUUCACCGUCCUGCCGCUUGACGUGCCCAUGCUGGCGCAGUGGAUGCUUGAGGACAAGGACGCGAGCAAGAUUUUGGAGCUGCGGCAGGAGGCGCUGGCGCUGAUCGGCUGCUGGGCCGACGUGCACUUUGGCGGCAUGCCUCUCGAGGGCGCGACGACGCCGCACGGGGGUCGAUGGCUAGCGGUGGACGACACGGGUGGUCUUUUAGUGGCCGCUAUGGCUGAGAGGAUGGGCAUAUUAUACCGCGAUGAAGAUCAGACGGACAGUACUGACGACCAGACGGAGCAAAUACCCACACAAGACCCUGCUGCCACUGAGAAUGCCAACGGCAGCGGCGACGCCAUCUCGACGACGCGCGCGUCACGCAAGCGGCCGCAUAAGGACGAUCUCGCACCACACUACGCGCUCACGAACACCAUCACGCUCAUACACGCCAACUCGCAGCCCAACCUGUCGUUGCUGCGCUACUUUGACUUCGACGCUAGCGACCCGAACCCGCAGGAGGCGCACCACCCGCUCGCCACGCAUCUGCUGCCCGUCAGCUGGCUGCAGGUGCUGUCGCCGUCCGACGACCCGACGUACGCGGAGCGGCCCGCUGAGGUGACGCUCGAGGAGCUGCAGUCGUGGAAGACGAACCGGCGGGGCAACUACCACCGCAAGCGGCGGCGGUGGGCGCGCGCGCAGCAGAUCGUCGAUGGCACGCGCGCCGGCGGCUUCGCGGGGCUCGCCGUCGCCAGCACCAUGGAUCCCGUGUCGGUGCUCCGCCACGCGCUGCCGCUGCUCGCGGGCGGCAGCCCACUUGCCGUCUACUCGCCGACCGUGGAGCCGCUGACGCAGCUGGCCGACUGCUUUAGCAUUGGGCGUCGCGGCGCGUGGGUCGCUGCCCCCCCGCCGGAGGUCGAGGGCCGCUCGCAGGCGGAGCUCGACGCCUGGCCGGGGUCCCCCGAGUUUCCCAUCAACCCGACCCUGCUGGUCGGUGUGUCGGUGCAGACGACGAGGGCUAAGCGCUGGCAGGUCCUCCCCGGCCGCACGCACCCGCUCAUGAUGGGCAAGGGUGGCGCGGAGGGGUACUUGCUGACAGGGUGGAGGGCGAUUCCGGCGGAGGGGCGGAUAUCCGCGCGCGGAAAGUUUCAGAAGCGCCGGUAG